AAGCACGCUAAUAGCACACAAGCACUACGUUGUCGUCACUUUGCCACAACUCUUACAGCUCACGAACCACUUUUCAUAAUAUGCGGAUGUCGCUUUGAAACCAUGAAGCAUGCUCGGAUUCGGAUGCAGGAAUACCCGAUUUGGAUUUAGCGCUCUUUAAUUCUCUUUGUUCAAGCAGUCCUCUUUAUACGGUCAGCCCUCUUCGUCUUCAAAGUCCACAGGUUUCAGUUCAUUGAUAUCUUACUUCUCUGGGAAACACUGACACUGAAAUCCGAGGACUUACACUUAACUCUGAACAUACUUUGUACUGGUGUUGAAAGGGGAACUUGGCAGCGUUUGGGAUCCUUGAUUGCGGGAAAUCUGACUGAACAUGUUUGAUUCCCGGUGCUUCUGGUAUGAUAAUGACGGGAAUGGAUACAAACGUCUCGACGGAGUGAAUGGAUGCGAUCGUGAAUUUUGUAAAUUCAUCCAUCCUUGGCAGAAGGCAUGGGCAAAUGCUCCAAAAAGCAGUAGACCCACUCCCUGGUGGCUUCUAACACCAGAGGAGAAUCGGAGACUGUCGGGUGGUGAAUUUCGCAGGAAGGGUCGAAGCCGUAGCCCAAGUCCAAGUUACAAUCGAAACCGCAAUGCACGAUACUCUAGUCGUCGUUCAAGAUCUCCCGUACCACGAGAUAAUGGUUGGCGGCUCAAACGGCCACUGCCUGAUGACAGUUCCCGUUAUUCUUCUCGAAUCGCACCUUCUGACGAUAAUCGCGGUCGUUCUAAAUCAUCUGCAUCUAUCCGUUCCUCUCGAUCAUCUUCUCGUCGUGCUACGCGAACUCCUGAGCGUACUUACGGCCCUCCUCGUCCUCCAGCGUCUUUCAUCAAUAGGGAAACACCCACGGAUACAAGAAGCACACGCUCAAGCCUCGUGCCGCCCACCGCACCUAGGCGUUUACGUGAAAAUGAACAAACUGCCAAAACGACAGAUCCACGAACCCGUCCUGGCUUCUCGAAGCCAGAUAUCGCCAUCGACGCAGCGUCCAGUACAACUGCUGCGACCUCUCCCCCUUCUUCCGCUGUUGCCUUGACUGGCAACACUCCCUUCGACCCUUCGAGCGAAACCCAAUCGACGUCUAUAUCCGUGCCAGCCCCUCCUGUUCCUGCCGCACCGUCACAGGACUUGCCUCAGAGUGCCUCAACACCCUUACAGCCUCCGCCUUCUGAAUCCAUCACUCCCCCAGGCCUCGUUAUAUCAGAAACGCCACAACCUUCUAGCAACACAGCGCCUCCCGAGACGGCUCCUGUUCCUCCGACACCAGUUAUUCAAGAUAUCGAAUCCAUUUUGGCCACUCUCAGGCAGAAUAGUGUCAUGUCUGCCAUUCCAGCACCUGUAGUAGCUGCACCUCCCGAAUACACACCGCCUCCAAUUCCACCAACCCCGAUUGAACCCGUCCCACCCACUAUCGCACAGGAACCCUCGUCCUCUAUGCAGAUGUCGUCACCUACUCCCUCUCGUGCGUCGUCAAUGCAUCCUGAAGGCGCACCACCGGAAUCAAGCGAGGGAAAGAAGUUAUGGGAGGAACGUGUUAGGCUUCUUUCUGGUGUGUUAACGACCCACCAGAGCUUGUCGCAAUUGGACCAUGAUCGAGCAAUCCAAACUCGUAUAUCCGAUUCCCUCAGUGCCAUUGACUCUAUUACCGACAAAGGUAGAUUCAAAGCUGAAGUUAUCAGCAUGAACUUCAGACGGAUUGGUCUGGCGCAACAGUACGAUUCUGCCAUCGAACAACUCAACGAGUCUGAGGCUUGGAGGUUACUCGCGUUGGAACCUCGCUCCCGGGCUGGGUCUCCCAUGAAGACGGACAAUCAGGCAUCGGAGGCGAUUGCAGAAGUCAAGACGGCCAUUGCACAGGUGAUGGACUCUGUCAAGGAGUUGCAUGAACUCUUGCAGGUCGUUGGCGCCAAGAAGGGCACUUCCAUUCCUCCUGCUCCUGGACAUAUAGUUACUACUCUAGCCGCUGGGACUACUGCGCAAACCGAGGACGCUGGCAUGUCGGUGCCUGAACCUUCAGAUAACGCCCAGGAGGAAGUGGAAGUCCCACCUGCAGUCGCCAAGAUUCACGAUCAUCUUAUGGAGAUCGAGGAUGGCUUGAAAGAGGUUUACAGCAGUUUGAGUCAGCGUCAGGAAGAGAUAUCUGAUGAGAUUCGAGCGGAGUUGGAGAACAGGUUUAACGAGCUUGAGCUUGUUGUGCAAACGGAAAAGGAAAAGCGGCAAGAGCAGAGUGCCAAAGUCGCCGCGCUUUCACAAGACAAUUCUGCGAAGCUUGAAUCCGUGCAGUCAGAAUUGAGCAAAACGGGAGACGAGGUUGGAGAGUUGGCGGGCGAGGUUGCUGAUGUUAUAAAGCAGGUCAAUGGGCUUUCUGACGAGAACGAGGGGUUGCGUAGGGAGAAUUAUGCUCUCCUGGUUGAAAACGAUCGAUUGAGGAAGGUGAUAGAUGAUAUGGAGCGACGCCAGGUACAGGAACUUGAUAAGAUGAGGAAAGAAACAGACGCUAUAACAGCGGCCGUUCAAGCUCUUGCCAAGCAACCCGUCGUACAACAACCUGCAGUCACCUCUACUCGGGAACUUGCAGAGAGUGUCAAGCCCCUCAUACUCGAGUUCGUCCAUGAUAGCCUCAAACCGCUCAUUUCCGACGCGCGGAAUUCGAUCGAACAACUCUUGCAGUCGGACACGAAGACUCUGAGAGACACCCUUGUGCAGAAGAUUGAGCACGUCAUGAUGACUAUGAACGCCUUGUCGAAAUGGGCGGACAGUGUCAGAGACCAGGUCGAUCCUGGAUAUUUGAUGCGUCGCCUGCCUGCUUCCAUCCAGCAGUGAUCUCGAUCGACAUAUUUCAUUUAUGUUGUAAUUCUAGUAUCGCACUCAUUCUUUUCUUGUACUGCUCUUUCACGAUCCCCAUGUCUUAUUGUUGAGACCUCUAGCAUGUUUCCCAUCGUUGUUGUUCAGCAUAGUGCCAUAGUAUCGCAUUUCGCAUAUGUUAUACCUAAUACCUAUAUACUCUUACAAGCAUAUCCAACCUCAUUGAUUAUUGCCGCGCC